AGGAGGAUUAAAGAUGGCCACCAGCAGCUGCGGGAGACGGCCACCAGCCCUCACUUUCCGGGAUGUUGCCCGCGGCCGGGCCCGGCCUUGAUGGAGAGCAGCAGCCGGUGCAGCGCCGAGGCUGAGGCGGCGGCGGCGGGGACCCGGCGAGGGAGAAGACGCGGCGGAGCAGGGACCCGGGCCGGAGAAGGGAGCGGCGGCGGCGUCGCUGCCCCGGCCGCCUAGCGCGGCUGUCGCCCGGCGGCCCCGGCCCCGCAGCUCGCGGACUGCAGCGGGCGCUCGGCCCCGGCCCGGCCUGGGAGGGUUCCCGGGCCCCGCAUCCAGGCUGCCGGUCCGCGGUGUGAUACUCUUGACAUCUUCUUCAGGAAGAAAGUGCCUGUUGUUCCUGCCUCUACAGGUUCAUGCCGGCCCAGCACACAGAAUCAGUCGGAGCCCAGAUUUCAAGUCCCAAGUAAAGUGCCAGCCAUCGGGGAUGGGCCCCAUUGUGCUCACGCACUCAGAGCGAGCUGUCCAAGGAACGCCCUAAAGAAACAGAAGUGUGCUUCACCCACCAGCCAAGAUGAACAUGGUGAAGAGGAUCAUGGGGCGGCCUCGGCAGGAGGAGUGCAGUCCGCAGGACAACGCCUUGGGCCUGAUGCACCUCCGCCGCCUUUUCAGCGAGCUGUGCCAUCCUCCGAGGCACAUGACCCAGAAAGAGCAGGAAGAAAAGCUGUACAUGAUGCUGCCCGUGUUCAACAGGGUUUUUGGAAACGCUCCACCAAAUACUAUGACAGAAAAAUUUUCUGACCUUCUGCAGUUCACAACGCAAGUCUCGCGACUAAUGGUGACGGAGAUUCGGAGGAGAGCAUCAAACAAAUCCACAGAAGCUGCAAGUCGGGCCAUUGUCCAGUUCUUGGAGAUCAAUCAGAGCGAAGAAGCCAGUAGAGGCUGGAUGCUGCUGACAACCAUCAACCUGCUGGCAUCCUCUGGUCAGAAAACCGUGGACUGCAUGACAACGAUGUCAGUGCCUUCCACCCUGGUUAAAUGUCUGUAUCUGUUCUUUGACCUUCCACAUGUGCCUGAGGCAGGUGGAGGUGCCCAGAAUGAGCUACCUCUAGCGGAGCGCCGCGGACUGCUCCAGAAAGUCUUUGUACAGAUCUUAGUAAAGCUGUGCAGUUUCGUUUCUCCGGCGGAGGAGCUGGCCCAGAAGGAUGACCUGCAGCUCUUGUUCAGUGCAAUAACGUCUUGGUGCCCCCCCUAUAACCUGCCCUGGAGGAAGAGCGCGGGGGAGGUCCUUACAACCAUCUCCCGCCACGGGCUGAGUGUCAACGUGGUGAAGUAUAUUCACGAAAAAGAAUGUUUGUCUACGUGUGUGCAGAACAUGCAGCAAUCCGACGACCUGUCUCCCCUGGAGAUCGUUGAAAUGUUCGCAGGGCUCUCGUGCUUUCUCAAAGACUCCAGUGGCGUCUCCCAAACUCUCCUGGAUGACUUCCGGAUAUGGCAAGGAUAUAAUUUCCUGUGUGACCUCUUGCUCAGAUUGGAACAAGCGAAAGAGGCGGAAUGCAGAGACGCCUUGAAGGAUCUGGUGAAUCUGGUGACUUCCCUGACCACGUAUGGGGUCAGUGAGCUCAAGCCAGCCGGUGUCACCACAGGGGCCCCCUUCUUGUUGCCUGGAUUUGCAGUGCCUCAGCCUGCAGGCAAAGGUCACAGUGUGAGGAACAUCCAGGCCUUUGCAGUUCUUCAGAAUGCAUUUUUAAAAGCAAAAACCAACUUCCUUGCCCAGAUCAUCCUUGACGCCAUCACAAACAUUUACAUGGCUGACAAUGCCAACUACUUCAUCCUAGAGUCCCAGCACACCCUGUCCCAGUUUGCGGAGAAGAUCGCCAAACUCCCAGACGUGCAGAACAAAUACUUUGAAAUGCUGGAGUUUGUUGUUUUUAGCUUAAAUUAUAUUCCUUGUAAAGAACUCAUUAGCGUUAGUAUCCUGUUGAAAUCCAGCUCCUCCUACCACUGUAGCAUCAUUGCAAUGAAAACCCUCCUGAAGUUUACAAGACAUGACUACAUCUUUAAAGACGUCUUCAGAGAGGUGGGCCUUCUGGAGGUCAUGGUCAACCUUUUACAUAAGUAUGCUGCCCUCCUGAAGGAUCCAGCUCAAGCACUCAGUGAGCAAGGGGACUCAAGAAAUAAUAGUUCAGCUGAAGACCAAGAACACUUGGCUCUGUUGGUGAUGGAGGCCUUGACUGUGCUCCUUCAAGGCUCGAACACAAAUGCAGGAAUCUUCCGAGAGUUUGGCGGCGCACGAUGUGCACACAAUAUAGUCAGGUACCCGCAGUGCCGGCAGCACGCCCUGAUGACCAUACAGCAGCUGGUGCUCUCUCCGACUGGGGACGACGACAUGGGCACCCUCCUGGGGCUGAUGCACUCAGCCCCACCCACAGAACUGCAGUUGAAGACGGACAUCUUAAGGGCCCUCCUUUCAGUCCUUCGAGAAAGCCAUCGUUCAAGAACAGUAUUUAGGAAAGUUGGAGGCUUUGUGUACAUCACAUCCUUGCUCGUGGCUAUGGAGAGGUCCUUGAGCUGUCCUCCCAAGAACGGCUGGGAGAAGGUGAGCCAGAACCAAGUGUUUGAGCUCCUCCACACCGUGUUCUGCACGCUGACAGCAGCCCUGCGCUACGAGCCGGCCAACUCGCAUUUCUUCAAGACGGAGAUUCAGUAUGAGAAGCUGGCGGAUGCUGUUAGGUUUCUUGGCUGCUUCUCGGACCUUAGGAAAAUAAGUGCCAUGAAUGUCUUCCCCUCUAACACACAACCUUUCCAAAGACUGCUCGAGGAAGAAGCCGCCUCAGCAGACUCCGUGGCGCCCACCCUGCGGCACUGCAGCAAGCUUUUCAUCUAUCUCUACAAAGUAGCCACCGAUUCUUUUGACAGUCGUGCAGAGCAGAUCCCUCCCUGCCUGACAAGCGAGUCUUCUCUCCCCUCUCCUUGGGGAACACCAGCUUUGUCCAGGAAAAGGCACGCGUUUCAUUGCGUCUCAACUCCUCCUGUGUAUCCUGCAAAAGGUGUCGCUGACCUGAAGCUCGACACGACAAGUUCACCUCUCCCAAGUUCCGAUGCUGUCAUCAUCCACCCUGGAGCCAUGCUGGCCAUGCUGGACCUCCUGGCCUCUGUGGGCUCAGUGACUCAGCCAGAGCAUGCUUUGGACCUUCAACUUGCUGUGGCCAAUAUUUUACAAUCGCUGGUGCACACGGAGAGGAACCAGCAGGUCAUGUGUGAAGCUGGUCUUCAUGCACGGCUACUGCAGAGGUGCAGUGCUGCGCUGGCUGACGAGGACCACUCGCUACAUCCACCCCUCCAGCGCAUGUUCGAACGCUUAGCCUCCCAGGCCUUGGAGCCCAUGGUGCUGAGGGAGUUUUUGCGUUUGGCAAGCCCUUUGAAUUGUGGUGCCUGGGACAAAAAGCUGCUGAAGCAAUAUAGGGUCCACAAGCCAAGUUCGCUGAGCUACGAGCCCGAGAUGAGAAGCAGCAUGAUCACCUCUCUGGAAGGUCUGGGCUCUGACAACGUUUUCAGCCUACAUGAGGAUAACCAUUACAGGAUAAGUAAAAGUCUGGUGAAGUCUGCAGAAGGAAGCACUGUUCCCUUGACCAGGGUGAAGUGUCUCGUCUCCAUGACAACCCCUCACGACAUCAGACUUCAUGGCUCCUCCGUUACUCCAGCAUUUGUUGAAUUUGACACAUCCCUUGAAGGCUUUGGCUGCCUGUUUCUGCCCAGCCUGGCUCCCCAUAACGCCCCUACCAAUAAUGCUGUCACAACUGGUCUUACUGAUGGGGCCGUGGUCAGUGGCAUCGGUUCAGGUGAGAGGUUCUUCCCUCCUCCUUCUGGCCUAAGCUAUUCCAGCUGGUUUUGCAUUGAGCACUUCAGUUCUCCUCCGAAUAACCACCCUGUCAGGCUCCUCACUGUUGUGCGGCGAGCGAACUCCUCCGAGCAGCAUUAUGUGUGCCUUGCCAUAGUUCUGUCUGCAAAGGACCGCUCCCUAAUUGUCUCCACGAAGGAGGAGUUACUGCAGAACUACGUUGAUGAUUUCAGUGAAGAAUCCUCCUUCUAUGAGAUUCUCCCGUGCUGUGCCCGCUUUCGAUGUGGAGAGCUGAUAGUGGAAGGACAGUGGCAUCAUCUGGUUCUGCUGAUGAGCAAAGGCAUGUUGAAGAACAGCACCGCGGCCCUCUAUAUUGACGGGCAACUGGUCAGCACUGUGAAGUUGCAUUAUGUCCACAGCACUCCUGGAGGCUCUGGCUCUGCAAAUCCCCCAGUGCUGAGCACAGUCUACGCCUACAUCGGGACUCCUCCUGCACAGCGCCACACUGCGUCACUGGUCUGGCGCCUGGGGCCCACUCACUUCUUAGAGGAAGUUCUACCUCCUUCCAGUGUCACCGCCAUCUAUGAACUCGGACCAAAUUACGUUGGAAGUUUCCAGGCUGUCUGCGUGCCAUGUAAAGAUGUAAAGUCUGAAGGUGUCAUUCCUUCGCCUGUGUCACUAGUUGCAGAGGAAAAGGUUUCAUUUGGCCUCUAUGCACUCUCCGUGUCCUCCCUAACAGUGGCAAGAAUUCGGAAAGUCUAUAACAAGUUAGACAGCAAAGCUAUCGCUAAACAGUUGGGCAUUUCCUCCCAUGAGAAUGCCACCCCGGUGAAGCUGGUUCACAAUGCCGCAGGCCAUCUCAAUGGCCCAGCACGCACAAUUGGGGCCGCUCUCAUUGGUUACUUGGGAGUAAGAACGUUUGUCCCUAAGCCUGUUGCCACUACGCUGCAGUACAUUGGAGGAGCUGCUGCCAUCCUGGGCCUGGUGGCCAUGGCCUCUGAUGUGGAAGGGUUGUAUGCAGCAGUCAAGGCUCUGGUCUGUGUGGUCAAGAGUAACCCGCUAGCCAGUAAGGAGAUGGAGAGAAUCAAGGGCUAUCAGUUGUUGGCAAUGCUGCUAAAAAAGAAACGCUCCCUUCUCAACAGCCACAUCCUGCAUCUCACGUUUUCCCUGGUGGGGACCGUUGACAGUGGCCAUGAGACAUCCAUUAUUCCCAAUUCCACCGCUUUCCAGGACCUGCUUUGUGAUUUUGAAGUCUGGCUCCACGCACCGUAUGAACUUCAUCUUUCUUUAUUUGAACACUUCAUUGAACUACUGACCGAGUCCAGUGAGGCUUCCAAGAAUGCCAAGUUAAUGAGGGAAUUUCAGCUAAUCCCCAAGCUGCUCCUGACUCUCCGAGACAUGUCCUUGUCCCAGCCGACCAUUGCUGCUAUUAGUAAUGUCCUCAGCUUCCUGCUGCAGGGCUUCCCCAGCAGCAACGACCUGCUCAGGUUUGGCCAGUUCAUUUCCUCUACUUUGCCAACCUUUGCAGUUUGUGAGAAAUUCGUGGUUAUGGAAAUUAAUAAUGAAGAGAAACCUGACGUGGGAUCAGAAGAGGAGUUCGGAGGUCUUGUGUCUGCUAAUCUUAUACUUCUGAGGAACAGACUUCUAGACAUCUUGCUAAAACUAGUUCAUACAUCGAAAGAAAAGACAAGCAUUAACUUGCAGGCUUGUGAAGAGCUGGUGAGGACCCUGGGUUUUGACUGGAUCCUGAUGUUCAUGGAAGAACACUUGCAUCCCACCACAGUCACAGCUGCCAUGCGGAUUCUUGUGGCCCUGCUGAGUAACCAGUCGAUCCUCAUCAAGUUUAAGGAAGGACUCAGCGGCGGAGGAUGGCUGGAGCAGACGGAUUCUGUGCUGACAAAUAAGAUAGGGACUGUGCUAGGGUUCAAUGUGGGCAGGAGUGCCGGUGGGAGAUCCACAGUCAGGGAGAUUAACCGGGAGGCCUGCCAUUUUCCCGGCUUCUUGGUUCUGCAGUCUUUCCUGCCUAAGCACACGAAUGUCCCUGCCCUCUAUUUCCUUCUCAUGGCCUUGUUUCUGCAGCAGCCUGUGAGUGAGCUGCCUGAGAACCUGCAGGUCAGUGUGCCUGUCACCAGCAGCCGAUGUAAGCAGGGCUGCAAGUUUGACUUGGAUUCCAUCUGGACCUUUAUCUUUGGAGUCCCCGCCUCCAGCGGAACAGUGGUCUCUUCCAUCCACAACGUGUGCACAGAAUCUGCUUUCUUACUGCUGGGGAUGCUGCGCAGCAUGCUGAAUUCACCCUGGCAGUCAGAAGAAGAGGGGUCGUGGCUCCGCGAGUACCCAGUGACCCUGAUGCAGUUUUUCAGAUACUUGUACCACAAUGUUCCAGACCUCGCCUCCAUGUGGAUGAGCCCCGAUUUCCUGUGUGCCUUAGCAGCCACUGUCUUCCCCUUCAACAUCCGCCCUUACUCAGAGAUGGUGACAGAUCUCGAUGACGAGGUUGGCUCUCCAGCAGAAGAAUUUAAAGCCUUCGCCGCAGACACAGGCAUGAACAGGAGCCAAUCAGAGUACUGCAAUGUGGGCACCAAGACAUAUUUAACCAAUCACCCAGCUAAGAAGUUCGUUUUUGACUUCAUGAGAGUCUUAAUGAUCGACAACCUCUGCCUCACCCCUGCUAGCAAGCAAACUCCUCUAAUUGAUCUGUUGUUGGAGGCCUCUCCUGAACGAUCUACAAGAACGCAGCAGAAAGAAUUCCAGACACACAUUUUGGAUAGCGUGAUGGACCACUUGCUUGCAGCUGAUGUGUUAUUGGGGGAGGAUGCAUCUCUGCCCAUUACCAGCGGAGGAAGCUACCAGGUGCUGGUGAACAACGUGUUUUAUUUCACACAGCGUGUGGUGGACAAGCUUUGGCAAGGCAUGUUCAACAAAGAAUCUAAACUUCUUAUAGAUUUUAUAAUUCAACUCAUUGCACAGUCAAAGAGAAGAUCACAGGGAUUGUCGCUUGAUGCGGUCUAUCACUGCCUCAAUAGGACCAUCUUGUACCAGUUCUCGCGUGCACACAAAACUGUUCCUCAGCAAGUGGCUCUCCUUGAUUCACUCAGGGUCCUUACUGUAAACCGCAACUUGAUCCUGGGACCUGGCAACCACGACCAAGAAUUCAUUAGCUGUCUUGCUCACUGCCUGAUUAAUCUGCAUGUUGGAAGCAACGUGGAAGGAUUUGGCCUGGAAGCAGAAGCACGCAUGACCACGUGGCACAUCAUGAUUCCUUCAGACAUUGAACCCGAUGGGGGCUACAGCCAAGAUAUCAGUGAAGGGCGUCAGCUUCUCAUUAAAGCUGUCAACAGAGUUUGGACUGAGCUGAUCCACAGUAAGAAGCAAGUCCUGGAGGAGCUUUUCCGAGUCAGCCUGCCCGUGAACGACAGGGGCCAUGUGGACAUAGCCACCGCACGGCCACUCAUCGAAGAGGCUGGUUUGAAAUGCUGGCAGAAUCAUUUGGCCCAUGAGAAGAAGUGCAUAAGUCGGGGAGAAGCCUUGGUGCCUACCACACAAUCCAAACUGUCCCGGGUCAGCAGCGGCUUUGGCCUUUCCAAACUGACAGGGUCGAGAAGGAAUCGAAAGGAAAGCGGCCUUCACAAACACAACCCUUCCACCCAGGAGAUCUCCCAGUGGAUGUUUACGCAUAUCGCUGUUGUGCGUGACCUGGUGGACACACAGUACAAGGAGUAUCAGGAGCGCCAGCAGAACGCUCUGAAGUACGUGACUGAGGAGUGGUGCCAGAUGGAGUGCGAGCUCCUGCGGGAGCGCGGGCUGUGGGGCCCGCCCAUCGGCUCCCACCUGGACAAGUGGAUGUUAGAGAUGACGGAGGGGCCCUGCCGAAUGAGGAAGAAGAUGGUGCGCAAUGACAUGUUCUACAACCACUACCCUUACGUGCCAGAGACGGAACAGGAGACCAGCGUGGCGUCUGAGAUCCCAAGUAAACAACCCGAGGCUCCCGAUGAUGUCAUUGCCCAGAAGAAACCGGCUCGGUACAGAAGAGCUAUAAGCUAUGACAGUAAAGAAUACUACUUACGCCUGGCCUCUGGGAACCCAGGCAUUGUUCAGGAUGCUAUCGUAGAGAGUUCUGAAGGGGAAGCCACCCAGCAAGAACCAGAGCAUGGAGAAGACACCAUCGCCAAGGUCAAAGGCCUGGUGAAGCCUCCCCUGAAGCGCUCUCGGUCUGCACCUGAUGGAGGCGAUGAGGAGACCCAGGAGCAGCUACAAGACCAGAUCGCUGAGAGCAGCUCCAUAGAAGAGGAGGAGAAGACAGACAAUGCCACCUUGCUGCGCCUGUUGGAGGAAGGAGAAAAGAUUCAACACAUGUACCGCUGUGCUCGCGUCCAGGGCCUGGACACCAGUGAGGGGCUACUGCUGUUUGGGAAAGAGCACUUUUAUGUGAUUGAUGGAUUUACCAUGACAGCAACCAGGGAAAUAAGAGACAUUGAAACUUUACCUCCAAAUAUGCAUGAGCCGAUUAUCCCUCGGGGAGCCAGACAAGGCCCCAGUCAACUCAAGAGAACAUGCAGCAUUUUUGCAUAUGAAGACAUUAAGGAGGUGCAUAAAAGGAGGUACCUCCUGCAGCCUAUCGCUGUUGAAGUUUUCUCUGGGGAUGGACGGAAUUACCUCCUGGCUUUUCAAAAGGGAAUUCGGAAUAAAGUCUACCAAAGGUUCCUGGCAGUUGUGCCAUCUCUCACUGACAGCUCAGAGUCUGUCUCCGGUCAGAGACCAAACACCAGUGUGGAACAAGGGUCUGGAUUACUCAGUACUUUGGUUGGAGAGAAGUCUGUGACCCAGAGGUGGGAGAGAGGUGAAAUCAGCAACUUCCAGUAUUUGAUGCACUUGAACACCCUGGCCGGCAGAUCCUACAAUGACCUCAUGCAGUACCCCGUCUUCCCCUGGAUUCUCGCAGACUAUGACUCCGAGGAGGUUGAUCUUACUAAUCCCAAGACAUUCAGAAACCUGGCUAAGCCGAUGGGCGCACAGACGGACGAACGGCUGGCCCAGUAUAAGAAGCGGUAUAAGGACUGGGAGGACCCCAAUGGAGAAACUCCAGCAUACCACUACGGCACCCACUACUCGUCGGCAAUGAUUGUGGCCUCGUACCUCGUCAGAAUGGAGCCUUUCACACAGAUAUUCUUGCGGCUUCAGGGCGGACACUUCGAUCUGGCAGACCGGAUGUUCCACAGCGUGCGUGAGGCCUGGUACUCCGCGUCAAAGCACAACAUGGCGGAUGUGAAAGAACUCAUCCCGGAAUUUUUUUAUCUGCCAGAAUUCCUGUUCAAUUCUAACAACUUUGAUCUGGGCUGCAAACAAAAUGGCACCAAGCUUGGAGACGUCAUUCUUCCGCCCUGGGCAAAGGGAGACCCGAGAGAGUUCAUCAGAGUCCACCGCGAGGCUCUGGAGUGUGACUAUGUGAGCGCCCACCUGCACGAGUGGAUCGACCUGAUCUUUGGCUAUAAGCAGCAGGGCCCUGCAGCAGUGGAAGCUGUCAAUGUCUUCCAUCACCUCUUUUAUGAGGGUCAAGUGGACAUCUACAACAUAAACGACCCUCUGAAGGAGACGGCCACCAUCGGCUUCAUUAACAACUUCGGUCAGAUCCCUAAGCAGCUGUUUAAGAAGCCUCACCCACCAAAGCGAGUGAGGAGUCGGCUCAAUGGAGACAACAUCAGCAUCUCCAUCCCCCCGGGAGUCACCAGUGACAAGCUCUUCUUCCACCACCUAGACAACCUGAGGCCUUCGCUGACCCCUGUGAAAGAACUCAAAGAGCCUGUGGGGCAGAUUGUCUGCACAGACAAAGGAAUUCUUGCAGUAGAGCAGAACAAGGUUCUUAUCCCACCAGCAUGGAACAAGACCUUCGCCUGGGGCUAUGCAGACCUCAGCUGCAGACUGGGGACCUACGAGUCAGAUAAGGCAGUGACUGUCUAUGAAUGUCUGUCCGAGUGGGGCCAGAUUCUCUGCGCCAUCUGCCCCAACCCCAAGCUCGUGAUCACGGGCGGAACAAGCACGGUGGUGUGUGUGUGGGAGAUGGGCACCUCCAAAGAAAAGGCCAAACCCCUCACGCUUAAGCAGGCUUUACUUGGCCACACGGACACUGUCACCUGUGCCACAGCAUCACUAGCCUAUCACAUAAUUGUUAGCGGGUCCCGAGACCGAACCUGCAUCAUUUGGGAUUUGAACAGACUGUCAUUUCUAACCCAGCUCCGUGGCCACCGAGCUCCCGUUUCUGCUCUUUGUAUUAAUGAGUUAACAGGGGACAUUGUGUCCUGUGCUGGCACACACAUCCACGUGUGGAGCAUCAAUGGCAACCCGAUCGUGAGUGUGAACACAUUCACAGGCAGGAGCCAGCAGAUCGUCUGCUGCUGUGUGUCCGAGAUGAACGAGUGGGACACGCAGAAUGUCAUCGUGACAGGACACUCGGAUGGCGUGGUCCGGUUCUGGAGGAUGGAAUUUCUACAAGUCCCCGAAACACCAGCUCCUGAGCCUGUGGAAGAACUGGAAACGCAGGAAGGCUGUCCUGAAACUCAGAUAGGGCAGCAAGCCCAAGAUGAAGACAGCACCGAUUCAGAAACAGAGGAGCCGAGCAUCAGCCAGGAGCCCAAGGAAGCGGCCAGCCAGCCCAGCAGCACCAGCCACAGGCCCAGGGCAGCCUCCUGCAGAGCCACUGCCACGUGGUGCACGGACAGCAGCUCCGAUGACUCCAGGCGCUGGUCCGACCAGCUCAGUCUUGAUGAAAAAGAUGGCUUCAUAUUUGUGAACUACUCUGAGGGCCAGACCAGAGCCCAUCUGCAGGGCCCCCUCACUCAUGCCCACCCCAACCCCAUCGAAGCACGAAAUUACAGCAGAUUGAAACCAGGGUACCGGUGGGAGCGACAGCUGGUGUUCAGAAGCAAACUGACGAUGCACACGGCCUUUGAUCGAAAAGACAAUGCACACCCAGCCGAGGUCACCGCACUGGGUGUCUCCAAGGACCACAGCAGAAUCCUCGUUGGUGACAGUCGGGGCCGCGUGUUCAGCUGGUCUGUGAGUGACCAGCCUGGCCGCUCCGCUGCUGACCACUGGGUGAAGGAUGAAGGUGGCGACAGCUGCUCCGGCUGUUCCGUGCGUUUUUCCCUCACCGAAAGACGGCACCAUUGCAGGAACUGUGGGCAGCUCUUCUGUCAGAAGUGCAGUCGAUUUCAGUCAGAAAUCAAGCGUUUGAAGAUCUCAUCCCCGGUGCGAGUCUGCCAGAACUGUUACUAUAGCUUACAGCACGAGAGAGGGGCAGAAGACGGACCUCGAAACUGCCGAGACUGAGGGAGCUCUCUGGGUCCCGUCUCAGCGCCCAGUGUACUGAAGCAGCCUCCACUUGCACAGCUUCUCACACUGAGGAUCUCUGGAUCGCGGUUCCGAGGUCGGUGACUGGCAGGCACUAGCAGUGAGCAGCACAAGAACUCGAGGUGGUUCCAGGCGCGUUUCAGAACCCAAGUCUCCCGUAGCGUGCGCCCCAACUGUCUUUCCUGCAUCUCAUUUUUAUAGAGCUAUUCAUCCUUAUUUGGAAAAAUCAAGAAAAACUUUAAAAAAAAAGGCUUAUAGAAAACAGUAGUAAAUCUGACUUCUUUGCAAGCAGCUGUGUAUAUUGUAAAUAGGUAUAAAGGCCUUUUUUUUCUAAAUAAGGACCUAAUUGCCUGUAACAUGAGACUUCAAACUAAGCCACUAACUCAAUGAACUAUUUAAGGUUUGUCUAACAUCUCUCAAUUAUAAAUAAGGGUUUUUUUUAAUCCUCAAAGACAUUAUCUGUAAUAUUUUUUUUCCUGUUCAAACCAAGCCUGUGUGCCUGAUACCAUUUCUUUCAAGUUGCCCACAGUAUCUCCACUUAAAAUAGGCUAGUAACCAAAAUCGUGUAGCCCUGCUUUCGGAGCUAAUGUGGGAGAAAAGUGGUCUGGUCAUGCGGCGACCUGCAAGUACCUGACCACGGUGUUCUUACAUGACAGGCCCCUUCACCUGACCUGUGGGCUGUGUGGUCCCAGUGCACCUCGGCAUCGAUGGCCCCAAGGGGACCAGGUGACCAAUGUCAGGCAGGACACAGCGCUGCCUCAGUUAAUGGAAAUAGAUUUGCAUGUCACCCCAAAUUAGCUUCUCUGCACAGAACAUAACAAGUGUGUGUCUCUGGAGACACUAUGUGCUACUACAACUUAUUUUCAAAAGAGGGUUUAAAAAAGUGUACAGAAUUAACAUUUAAACCUUGUAAAACUGGAUCAUGUCAGAACUGUUUAAGAUGAACCUUUCCCAUUUAAUGCCAUCUACCUGAGACAGUGAGAUUUAUACUGUAUCGAUGUCUAUUUUUUUGGUUUUGCUAUGAAUAUAAUUACAGUAUUUUAAUAUUUAGUUAUUUAAUUUCUUCUACUAGUUGGAUGCAGAACACACAAAUCCAGGAGGAUUAAAGCUGGUGGGAGCUGAGAGAUAAGUUUAUAGAAAAAUGGCUUUAGUGGUGGGAUUUUUUAAAAAUGUGUGUUAUGUACAUAAAUAUAAAUAUAUAUAUAUAUGAAAUCAAAUAAAACAAUUAAUCUAGAUUUUAACAUUUUCAGAUACUUAGUGCUAAUAAUAUGAACAAUUCUAAAAGCCCUGUGAUUUGAACAACAGAGGAUCACUAACGGCCCAAGAGAAAGGACAGGCCUUGGCGCCCUCACAGAGGGAGGUACCAUUCAAAGGACAGUGGCUUUGGCUUCCCGAACUCUCCAUCCUUAGCCCUGGUGACAGGCACACUCAUGCACUAAAAUGCACAUAUAUACACAUGUGUCAGAAACAGGCAUUGGUACAACAGUGAGCUUGUACCCCGUGGGCUGAAAGCAGCUUCAGAACAGAGAGUAGUUUUCCUGAUCCGCAGGUCUCCAGGAGAAACCGUGAAGGCUGCUUUAGUGCCUUAUGCUCCCUAAAUGUAAACCUUCCUUUAUAGGUUUCAGCCUACAGUCUAUGAUACAUAUCAAAAUUGACUCAAAUACUUCCAUUUCUAAACGCUCAAAUACACACGGGAAAAGGAUUGUUGGCAUUAACUCUUUUCACUGGAAGAAAAGUGGCUUUUGCUUUGCUCUCCUUCCUGUGUCUUAAGCAGCCCCGCUAUCUCCCCAUCAGGUCUUUAGAAGGGGCUGGUGUUCCUCCUCAGCUGCAGAAACCGCUUCUGCGUGGUGGUGGGCUGGCCCUGUCUGCGCCUGAAUGCUUUAUAGCAGUGUUACUCACCUUUGCCGAGAAGCGCCCCUCUUUUGGCCCAUGACCUGUGUUUACCUGUAGCCGAUAGCAGAGGUGUUCUCGAGACUUGAAUAUAGGAAUGUGUGUGUAGCCGCUUGAAGCUUGUUCCUCUGUCUAACCCAAAGUUCUGUGGGAUGAACACUCUUAAAACUUUGAAACACAACUUCCAUAACUAGUAGGUGGAAACCAAACCCCUGACGGUAGCAUCUCCUCUGGCGGCUGGCGCUGUGGGCGACUGUUUGUCCAUCAGGUUUGGUGUUUGUUUUCUUUUCACUUCUGCAGAAAUCACGAAGCCGCUCACACGGGCAGUGCACUCACUCGCGUCCGUCGGCUCCUUCCUUCUUCAUUUUGCCCUCUGUGGUCCGUGCCAAUCUGCUUAGCAACAUUGCGUGCGUCCACCUUCCUGUGGUCUGUAUUCCUUUUCUGAGUACCUCACAGGGCUCCAGCCUGAUGUUCAUUUAUGCCUCCGCCCACCCAUCCAUCCACCCGUCCCUCCAUCCCUACUCAUCCAUGUGCUCUGACACAUCCGUGUGCAGUGUGCAAGUGUAACGUCAAGCUUUCGAAGACGAGAAGUAGCUGCCCGUAGCAGCCAGCCCUCUGGAGAAUAGCAAAACACUCUAGAUAAGUUAUUUUGCACUUUCUUAUGUACAAAGGUGGUAGAAACUUAUUUUUGCUUUGUAUCAUUUAAAUACAUUUUGUUUUGGUAAACGAACUGUGUAUAAAAUAUUUAUGCUGUUAAAAACCUGUUUUUAGAGAGUAUUUUUAAUUUCAGCAAGUUUGGGUACUUGUUGCAUGACCCUUAACACAGCUGACUUUUUGUGUCAGUGCGAUGUAUAUUUUUGUCCUGUUAUUAACUUGUGAGCCCUAGUAACGGCCAACUGUUCGCACAGCGACGGAAGUAAACUGAAGAUGCUGGCUGAGACUGGAUUGAUUGUGGACUUUUGUACUGUAUCGCAGAACCCUGUAUCUGUUCCUCUGGUGGUGAUGGAAAAGGCCUGAAGAACUUCCUAUCUAGUGUGCAAUCUGUGAUUCCGAGUGUUUAUUGUAUCUCUGUCUGAUGCAAAAAGGUAGACAAUUACAAUCCAUGAUGAAAUGCAAUAGUCCAGGUACUCAAGUAUUUUUUUCAUUUCAAAUAAAUACCGACUAUUUACCACAAAAAAAUUUAAGUUGUUUGAAAUUAAGUUCUUCAGAGAAGAAAAACAAAACUGAUGACAAUUCUCCCCUCUAUUUAGUGUAACGUUUUUCUGGCUGAACAUACUUCUUUCCUCUCUGCUUAAAUCGCAGAGACAAGCUGUGUGGGUCACAGUCCAAGUUCCAGUUUGAUCCAUCCCUAUGAACCAGGCUGCCUAUCUAUAUCCUGGACUUUCCCACCAUACUGGACUACCAGGCUGGCGACCGUGGGGCUGGCAAGAAAGGGAGGCCAGUGGCUUCUGGGGGCCAUGCUCUCAAAUUUAAAUUGGCCUAUCAAGGACCUUUUUGCAUAAUUUUGGUUCUUUAUUUUUCUAAGCAUUGUUUUCAUUAUUAUAUAAAGCACCUCUGCAUGUGUGCACAUGUGUGUGUGUGCGUUCAUGCAUGCAUGUGUGCGUAUGUGUGUGUGUCUCGUCCCACCCAUCUUCUGAAGUCCUGCAGUCACUGUGAGCAGCUGUUCCUUCCAGUUCAACCUCCCAGACUUAGGAUUCACCAGCCCCAGCUGUUACUAAGGUCAUCGUCGUGGCCAUCAGUUGUUUGGUUUAGAGGUAGCAGUAUUCCCAGGGGAAAAAAAACAGACAAGACUUUUUAAGUCUAUUUAGACUGUCUCAAUUAUUUUUUGUCUUCGAAGUCCUCUGCCCUCACACAAAGAGCAUGGAAGAAUAACACAGUUUGCUGCCGACUUUUGGUCUAGACUUAUCUUGAACAUUUUCUGAGAACCCCCAAAUAGCUUUUCCUCAUUUGGUUAAUAAUGUACAUCAAUAUUUAAAGUCUUAUAAACGCCAAGAUGUAAAAAUAUAUUUAGUAACUUUUUUUUCUUAAAACAGGGCCUUGCUAUGUAGCCCUGGCUGAUGUGGAACUCACAGAAAUCCAACUGCUCGCCUCUAAAGUGCUAGAAAUAAGGUCUGUGCCACCGCCCCGAGCAUAGUAACGCCUUUUUAAGUUACAGUGUGAAGCCAUGUUAACAAAUACAUAUGUUUAUAAAUUACUUUUUUAGGAAAACAAAAGCACAAGUACAGUGAUGGAGCAGUCCUGGCUCUGGAGAAGCAUAGCCAAGGUCCCUGGGGUUUGUCGGGCUCUAGUCUAGCCAAUCAGAGCUUGAGGUUUGAUGAGAGAUCCAGCCUCAGAACAAUAAGCUGCAGAGCAACCGAGGAAACCCACUCAACAGGCACACACAACCCCACACAAACAAUGGAGUUGUGUGUGUGUGUGUGUGUGUGUACACGGAGGUCAGAGGACAACAUUUUGAAGUCAGUUCUCUCCUCCCACCAGGUGGGUCCCAGGGAUGGAGCUCAGGUUGUUUGGCUUGGUGAUGUGCCGAGGUAUUUCACUGACCCAGAAUUGUUUAUGGUUGUGAAAGUUCUUUCAUGUCUAGCUGAAUAGGGACCAGUAGGUUCUCAGGUCUGCUUUAGAAUUCUUAUUUUACUGUUCUUCAGUGAAAACCUAGCUAACAAAUAUUCUAAUCUUCCCAAGUAAGUGCUUCUUAAUAGUUUGAAGCUUCGUUUGUCUGUGGAGGUUUUGUUUAGGGUGUGUGUGUGUGUUGUGUUGUGUGUACAUAUGAGUGUGCACAUGUAGAGGCCAGAGAGCAACAUCAGGGUCUUCUACUAUGGGCUCCAUUCUAUCUUUGUUGUUUUUUUUCCUUAAAACCAUUAUCUUAGGUUUAUUGCAUGUGUGCAUAUAUGUCCUGACAACCUUGGAUGUCUGCUCUGUUCAGGCUUCCAGGCUUGGCGUCAUCCACCUUUAGCUACUGAUCCAUCUUACCAGCCCUGCACUUUAUCUUUUGAGACAGGCUCUCGCUAAAGCUGGACAACAAGCUCUGCUGUAUCUCCCUCUACUGCAUGCCUGACCCUGACAUGGGUGCUUCUGAAGAUCCCAAUUCAGGUUCUUGUGACUGCGUGGCACUUUACCACUGAGCCAUCCCCCAGCCUCUGCUUUGUUUUACAUAGGGUCUCGCUGUGUAGUACCAUCUGACCUCAGACUCCCAGCAAUCCUCCUGUCUCAGCCUCCCAAGUGUGUGCUGUGAUCGCAGGUGUGUGCCACCAU